UACUAUUGUUGUUGUUUCUAUUCAAAAAGCCGGCAUAUUCGUGUGUUAUGUAUGCAGCUGCAGUGCCACAGCUGCUCAGAUGUCCGGGCGCAUCCAGGCAUACCGGCAAACGCCUGGUCAGCUAUGUGCUGGGCAUCGAAACAUCCUGCGAUGACACAGGCAUUGCCAUUGUCGAUACAACUGGUCGAGUGCACGCCAAUGUGCUCGAGUCCCAGCAGCAGUUCCACACACGUUACGGUGGCAUUAUACCGCCACGUGCUCAGGAUUUGCAUCGGGCGCGCAUUGAAAACGCCUACGAGCGUUGCCUGGAACAGGCGCAACUGCAGCCGGAGCAAUUGGAGGCGAUUGCGGUGACGACACGGCCGGGACUGCCGUUGAGCUUAAUUGUGGGCCUGCGUUUCGCACGGCAUCUGGCACGCCGGGAACAUAAACCACUGCUGCCCGUGCAUCACAUGGAGGCACACGCGCUGCAGGUGCGCAUGGAGCAGCUGACAGAGAUUGGCUAUCCAUAUCUGUGUCUGCUGAUCAGCGGCGGCCACUGUCAGCUGGCCGUAGUGCAGGGUCCCGGCCGUCUGACGCUGCUCGGCGAAACACUGGACGAUGCGCCCGGCGAGGCAUUCGAUAAAAUAGCGCGACGCCUGCGGCUCUAUGUGCUGCCCCAGUAUCGGCUGUGGAACGGCGGUCGUGCCGUCGAGCAUGCUGCACAAACGGCACGCCAACCGGCUGCCUAUGAGUUUCCGCUGCCGUUGUCGAGGCAGCGCGACUGCAACUUUAGCUUUGCGGGCAUCAAGAACAACUCGUUUCGUGCCAUACGCAAACAGGAGCUGGCCGAGCGCACGCCGCCCGAUGGCAUCAUCAGCAACUACGAUGACUUCUGUGCGGGUCUGCUGCGUGCGGUCAGUCGCCAUUUGAUGCAUCGCACACAGCGCGCCCUCGAGUACUGUCUGCAGCAGGGCUUAUUUGAUGCCGCGCCACCCACCCUGGUUAUCUCGGGCGGCGUUGCCAACAACGAUGUGAUCUUUGCGAAUCUGGCCCAUUUGGCGGCGCAAUACAAUUGCCGCGCCUUUCGACCCUCAAAGCGCUACUGUUCCGACAACGGCGUCAUGAUAGCCUGGCACGGCAUCGAGCAACUGCUGCAGAAUGGGCAGUAUAGCCUGCGCCGGGACAUCGAUUGCAUUGAUAUUGCAGGCAGCGCUGGCUUUCAGCACACGGCGGUCAACGAUGUGGCGCUGGCGGGCAUCAAAUGCAAGUGGAUCAAACCGCUUUAGCCCAGAAGCACGACUAUAUCAACAAGCUCCUAUCCAAGCCGUAGCUAAAUCUGUUAUCAAAACUAGGCAAAACCAAACCAAUUUCAAUUAAAAUUGCAGAGAUCAUUUGAAUGCGCGGAUCUACUAAGGAUUUGACACACCCAAGCAGGAGCAUUGGCUCGAGCCGUUAAGCACAGCAGUCUGGACGGAACAUAGACAGGCUUGAUUGUAGAUACUCUUCCAGAAUAUAUAUAUACAUAGUUUAGGCGGAAACGGAGCUAUCUGUCUUUAUGCUGGAUUCGUGUCGUGUCUGGGUAAAAAAUUGCCAACUGUUGCCUUAAGGAAUGAGAAUUCAAGCCUCAAAGCUGAGUGACUUAAAGAUACUGAUCAGGCAUAUAUAUAUACAUAGUUUAGGCGGGAUCGGAGCUAUCUAUCUUUAUGCUGGAGUCGUGUCGUGUCUGGGUAAAAAGUUCCCAACUGUUGCCUUAACCCAAAGUUGAUUUCGUUCGCUUGUUGUUUUUUUUUUUACAUUAUAUAUUUGUUUUUUUUUUUUUCUUUUUUAUUAUAUUAUCUGAAAUCAAUAAUGUCAAAUGUCUAAGGUCUAAAAAAAAAAUGUAAAAAUUGAUAAUGUAUACAUAUAAAAAUAUUAAAAAAUGCAUUAGUUCUUCAUCGUCUGCUGCUACGCUUUGUUUUUUAUGCUGAACUACAAUACAAUUUUCUUUUCUUUUGUUUUUCAUCUUUUGCUUGUCUGGAUAUUAUACUUAUAAGGUU